GCUUGUUUAUUUUAACCUAAAAAGAGAGAACAUCGAUAUUCUGACAGUAUUUUCAUUAUCUUUUAUUUUUUAUUGUAGUAUUGAAUUGGUGAUUGAUAGAUUGAUACCUCAAACUUCUCUAUUUACUUGUUACACGCAGUCCUUGGACUAAAUCUUUUCAUCUUUCAAGUGAUUUUCAGUAGCCUAGCUGAUUUAUAGCACAAAAUGGAUAAUCAGGUUGAUAUUGACAAUCUAUGUGAAGGAAUGAAAGAAAUGUUUAUAAAUCAUGCACUUGGUCGACAAUUUAAAAAUACUUUGGACGUUGAUGAAGUAAGUAAUAAUUCAAAUUUAGCUAUGAAGGUGCAAAGUUUUAUUGAUUCUUCAUUAACAAAUAACAUAAACAACGAAUUGCAAAGUUUAAGAGAAGUCGAUCCUAAUAAUUGGCAAAUGUAUGCCAGUAGAAUAGCCAGAUCUAUUUUGGAAUCUUCUCAAAUGUCUUGUACUCAAGAGAAUUUAAAUAAUAUGCUUGAGACAUGUACCCAAGAAUUAAUCACUAGAUUUUCACAUCAUUUUGAAAACUUUGAUUUUUCAAGUAAUGCAAACCAACCAAAUUUGCUGCCUAUCGAUACUGGAAAGGACGCAACAAAAUGUUUAUCUGAACAAGCUGAAUUGAAUUCGCUUCUACGACCUCACAAUUUUGCUGAAUUGGCUCAAAAUAUGUCGUUAAAGAAACCGCUGUAUGUAAGGGUGCAAUCACUUAACAUGCUACUUUCAUCACAGAUACCAGAUGCAAUAUCGAGUGCUCACUGGGAAAACAUUCAAAAAUGUCUGCAGAUUGCUCUGUGCGAUGAGAGUUUUGAAGUUUUCCAACUUGGCCUGCAAAUGCAUGCAAAACUUGUACAAAGUAGCAUUCCUGAAGCUACUAAGGAGAGUUUUCUAAAUAUUCUUGAGAGCUUGUGUCAACACCACCACCUUCGAAAGUCAGACUUUCAAGAAAUUCUAUUCCAAGUCCCAUCUCACUUUCGGAUGAUUAGAAUGUGCUCUCUACUACUAAUUAUCAUCAAAGACCUAACUCUUAAUUUGCCUCGAUUUGGAGAAAAACGACUCAUGGAUAUGAUAGAGAACUUUGUGCAUUUGCUGACAAUUCAGGGGAAUAAUACCUCAAAUGUAUCACCGUACAAUAUACUUGCCUGUUUGGAUCCUGAUGCAAACUGGAUUGACAGCUUUAUUCAAUCAGCGUCUAGUCGUAGACUACUGUUAGGAAAAUUGUCAGAAAACAAUUCUUUCAUUUCUAUUUCAGUACAGGACACAAUGGAAUGGCUGAAAAAUCCUUUCCUUCCAACUGAAGAAAGUGGAUUGCUCAAUGAUUUCUUUCAAGGAAAAAUCACAAAAAAUGUUGUACGAUUUUCUAACUUUCUACACGGAUUAUCACUGAUUUCAAAAAUAUGCUCGUUUGAAAGUGGUGUUACAAUGUUUCCAGUAGUUUUGAACAAGUCCGAAACUGUACGUUUACAAGACAUAACUCAGAUGAUAUUACAUUUUUUGAAUGAGCAACAAUCGAUCGAAGAAAGAAUGGAAGUUGUAUUCUCGGACUCGCUAACCAAACUUCUGGCUUCUGCAGCUUUGAGCUUGAUGAGGAUAAAAGAAAAUCAAAAUUGUCAACUUUUACAAAUUCUUCUCGAACCACUUGCUAGGAACCCCAUUUCUCCAUUGCAUCAUACAGUAUUGUUACUAGAUAUGCUGGCCAAACUACCAGAGGGCCCCCAAAAUUGUUUCUUCAGGUACAGUGCACACAAUCGUAAGAAGAUUAUUAUUGUCCCGCCGCCAUCCUCGGAACUUAAUCAGAAAAGAUCCAUCUCGAAAGAAGUGAAAGCAAUGCAUGAACGACAAAAUUCAUCCAAUUCCUCGUUUUGUCCUACGAAAAUAUUCAUCAACUGCAUAAUAAAACUACUAAAUAAUAGAGAUCUAAGGAACAUGGCGUUGACGGCCAAAUUGCUUGAUGUUGGAGCGAAUAUAUUUUGCCUUCAUGAGGGAAUUGCAAUACUUGAGUUGAACAGGAAUCAGCUGUUGAGUGUGGCCCUGAGUGUCCAUGAAGAAUUAACUGAAUUGAGUCGAACGCAAGGUGGUGACAACAUACUUGUAGAACGCAAUUGCUAUCUCCUCUACAGUUCUUUGCAGAACUUCAUAGUGAAAGUGGGCACGACUCCUCUGGGCUUUUCGCUGCUAAUGCGUGCGAGUCCGACAUCGUUAGCAGGUUGUCUGCUACACAGACUGGAGCAGCCUGACACACCGUGGCUGCAGCCUGAUUGGCGCAUCUUCGUCACGUUUGCUGCCGCCACCCGAAAUGGCGGCCAAGUGAUUGGCCAGCGAGCAGCGGCACUGGCCAAGAGCCAACUGCUUGACUUGUGGGCCGCCCUGGAGCUCGAAACUGACUCGACCAUUGAUAUCGACGAGUGCAGACAACACCUGCUCACUGUCAUGGCAACCUGUGGCUCCAGCUUACAAGGCGUGACGGCAAUCGUGAAUAUUGCUAAUGAUGGUGACAAUACUGAUGAUGACAAUGCUAGUGAUGACACAAUAACAGAGCAGCUAUUCGAAUACAGGCCCGCAUCGGCUCUUGAACUUCUUAGCAAGAAAUCAUUGCUCGAAGUCAGUUCGUGUGACUAUCGCGUACAAGAAACCGUUCUGACAGUGCUGAAUAUAUUCACCUCACAGUUGAACUGUGCUCUUUACUUGCAAGCUAAACUGCAGAUUCAGGAACUACUUCUCGCGCAACAAAAGUUGAACCGUGUCGACGAGAGCUCAGACACUGUGAUAGUAGACGAAUGCAGCCUGCUUAGACACGAGAUACUGGAGAGGUCACAUGUUGCCGGACGGCCGGGCGUGGAUGGCAAACUCUAUUUUGCGUUUCCGUCGUUGUCGACUGCAUCGGCUGAGCGACGCCAGCGCCCCCGCACUGCCAAACAUGGCGGCGGCGGUGAGUUGAGUCGCUUCCUCCAGGAGACCAGGAGUGGACUGCAUGACACCGCUUGGCUUAAACAGGCCAGGAAGGCUUACAGGGCGGGCUGUGCGGCUGGUGACGAAAUCAAGUGUGGCCUGUUUGUGGAUUUGGUGUCUCUCGUACCAAAAGCUGUGGUAGGUGAUAGGCCUACUAUUGACAGCCUCAAAUGGCCAACUAUAGAUCAGGUUGAAACAGUCAAUCUCCUGCCAGAGGAAGAAAUUGGUGUCCAGAUGGCUGUCAGGUAUGGAUUACACCAUAGAGCUUUGCAACCGUCUCAACAUAAUGCCGAAAAUCUUAUGUUGAUGCUUCGUAUGGUUAAACUUAUGUUUGGUAGAGAUGAACAAGAAACUUUCACUGGGUUCGAUUGGUUUCUAUCAACCAUUUUUCUCAUCAGUGGUGGAAAUGUUGAAAGAUGCCAAAAUAUUUUGUCCGUUCUGGUGACGCUGUCAUGCAUAAUAUUUAUCUGGCCAAGCUAUGCACAAUUCCAAGGUCACAGCACAGAUGCGUUCGGUCAUCUCCUGGAAUCGAUGGUUGCUCAUGAAGUGCCAUUUGCUUUCAAUGCACUUCGAAUGGCUGGUAUAUCGUGGUGGCAGCUGUGUGACGGAUGGCUGAGCGAGUGUCUGUGGCGACUGCUGAGCUGGCGUGACCUGUGCAGUUGGCUCACCUUCCUGCUGCUCCACUCAUCAGCUGAUUACCCGCUCUACCUGCUCGCUGCCAUUCCCUUGCACUCGCACUCACAUCUGCUGCACUGCUCUCUCUCUUCCAUCGUCACGAAUCCACCUGACCGACUAAAUAUGAAUGAUUUACUGCCUCAUAUCGACAAACUAUGGAAGAGAUAUCAUUCUGGCCUUCUUCCUCUACUGAUAUCUUCAUCCAGUAGCUCUGCACAUUGAAACCACGAAUUAAUGGUUAUCUGAACAGUGAAUGACCAUAUUUUCAAAACUUCGUGUGAAAUGGGGUUAGCUGAUUAACACUCUCAUCACAAGGUAGUUGAACCAGUUACCAGUAAUUAAUAUUCUUCUAAUGCUGUGAUUCUUCUUCACUCUAUGCUAGUAAAAGAGGACAAUAAUUCUUGGACGGUUCAUUUUUUCAAUAUUUUUAAUCACGACCCGAAACCUUUCCGCGUGAUUACUGCUUUACUGCAAGUCGGAACAUUUUUAUUUUUCAUAUGAUUUUGUUACAGCUCACUUCUUAGCCUUAUAUCAAGGGAAUAGAAUCAAAAUAUACAUUAAUAUCAAUAUUAACAUUCAGUAUAGGCUAGUCGGUUUUCAACUUAGGACAACAUUCUCAAAAUUUGCUGAGUGUGAAGCUGGCACCACCCACUAGUGCACAUUUUUUGAAAUGGUACUAAUAAAUGUGCUCGUCUUCUUCACCUUGAAAUUGACUAAGUUUGUGGGUGGUGCCAGCUUCACACUCAGCAAAUUUUUCAAAAGUUGAAAACCGACUAUACUGGAUGUUAAUAUUGAUAUUAAUGUAAUAUAUUUUGCGAAGUGAACAACUACAAGACUUAGCCUAUUUCGGACUAUGUGUAACCUUAUCUAAAUCUGGGAGAGGAAUAGCACAAGGUUACCCUAUUUUUUCUCUCCCUAUCAUUUUGAUGAUGUACUUAUUGUAUGAAUCAAUAAAGCAUCACCCACUCAAGCAAAUCAAUCAAAACGGCACAAACCAUUCUCAAUAUUCCAGGAAUAUUUCUCUUCUUCAACUCAAUGUCUGCUGUCACAUAUUAAUAUCUAGCUGAUUACGCAUUGUUAGUUCUUCUCAAUUACUCGACAAGAGCACUUUGCUCCCGAACUCUUGUUAUUCGGUUAUCGUAGUUGUGGUGUGAAAGUAAAGUUUCAGUUUUAAAAACUUUGUUGAGUCGCCCAAUCACUGAACUGUUGAUGAUAGGGAAAUUAUCAAUUGUUGAUAAAACUCAUUUGAAUCCAUUGAAAUGUGAUAUAUGUAAUGUUCGUGAAUGUAAGAACAGUAGUUGAUACGUCAGAGCUGGUCUGUCAUUUUGAGUUUGUUUAACUGUAAUAUACUAUUCUCACUUCAAAGUUUCUCUCUGAAGUAUUCUACUCUAGAAAAAUUAAAAUUAUUUUAAAUUGAA